CGCGCAGGCGCAGUGGGCUGGUUGCCGUGGCGACGGCGAUGUCCCUCUCUCCUUCUCCUCCGCCUCCUCCUCCCGUGCUCUUUUGCGGCCUAGUGGGCCUGUUGGGCCUCGCGGGGUCGGUCUGGCGGGGCGGCGGACCAUGGGCGCCGGGAAGGAGGCGCCGGGGGAUGACGAGGGCGGCGAAGGCGGCGAGGACGAGGAGGAGGACGAGGAGGAAGAAGACGAAGACGAGGAGGGCGAAGACGGCGAGCCAGGACGAGGAGGAGGACGAGCAGGAGGCCGGGGGGAGGGCGGCCCUUCGGCGCUGCGCUUCGGCCUGGUGCCCGCCGAGCUGCACGCGCGGCUGCUGGACCAGCAGGACUACCGGGGCCGCGUGGGCGCCAUGGAGCAGCUCAAGCGCGCGCUCGGGGCCCAGCCUCCGCCUCAGAGAGCCGGAGAGGCCCCCGCCUUGGCCGCCCUGCCCGCCCACAGCCUCCUCGGCCUCCUCGCCCUCCUCCGCGCCCUCCUCGACGACGCCAACUUCAAGGUGGCCCUGGGGGCCCUUGAGGGACUUCGCCUACUGGCCUCUCGCUUGGUAGCAGAAGAAAAGGGACGUAUCGGUAGUGACCCGGGGGUCCGGUGGCUGGAGCCGCUGGUGUCGGCGGCGUCCAAGGUUCUGGGUGACACCAAGCUGGCCAUCCGCCAGGAGUACCACCAGCUCUUCCUGGGCCUGAUGCGAGCCGCCGGGCCUCAGCCGGUUCUGGACCUCCUGCUGCGUGAAGAGCACCUGCGCCACCGCAACUCCCGUGUGCGCGAAGUAGUGCUGGCCCUCUGCAUCGCUGCCCUGCUCACCUUCCCCAGCGAGGACUUUGAUCUGCCCGCCCUGGUGGCCUCGGUUGCUCCGGCCCUGGCCGACCCCAAACGUCGUGUCCGGCACGCUGCUCUCGAGGCUUUUGCUGUCCUGGCCUACGCCUUGGGGCCCGGGCGCAGUGGCCUCCUCUUCCAAGCAGUGGAUGCUGUGGAGCUCCGGGACGACGGGGAAGGUGUGAUGGCUGCCGUCCAGGCCCGCCUGGCCCGCAAGACCCUUCCCAAGCUGACCGAGCACUGGUUUGUGGAUUACGCCGUUCCCCUGCCGCCUUCCUCCUCCUCAUCUUCCUCCGGGCACGGGGGCUUCCGCUUGCCCCACGGGGCUGACACGGACUGGCUAUUGGAGGGGAACCGCAUCCAGAGCGCCCACAGCUGUGCCGGGGAGCCUCCUGCCCCACUUGCGCCAUUCGGGGACCACCAGGGAGGCGUGCGGCGGGUGCUGAGUGCCGGGAAGGGGAAGCUGCCCUGGGAGAGCAGCCAUUCCUGUUUUAUGAAAGGGAGCGAGCAGUUUUCAACCUCAAACAAUUUCCUUCACUCUCCAAAACUGAGGCCUUCUCAAGGGGUGAUGUCUUCUCAUCAGCCCCAUAUUUCUGGAAAAUGCGGGAUCCUUGGCUUCUCUCACACGCGGGGAAAGAGCGGCAGUGUGGAUUCAGAUCUACAGUUCCUAGGGCUGAGUAAUCCCUGGCAGGAUAAAGUGUACGCCAGCCUCAACUUCACCCACAAGCCCCACCAGCGGACCUUCUGCAGCCCCCCUGAGCACGGGGCGCCCGCCUUGAGCCCCCCCACCGGCCAGGGGGCUUUCCUCCUGCCCUCGUAUCCGUUCUCCUCACCCCGGCACAGCCCAAAGCACAGCUCCCCUCCCACGGACGCCCUCAGGAGCUCACAGGACCACCGGGUGAACUUCUCCAACUCCUGGCCUCUGAAGAGCUUCGAAGGACUUCCAAAGCCCACCCCUCAGAAGAAGUUCUCCAGCCCGGGGGCCGGAGAGGACACCGAGGCCAAGUCGCAGGGGACGCCGCCUCCUCCUCCUCCGAUCCAGCUGAAGCCGGCCUUUGUGAGAUCCCCGUCUUCACGGAGGGGCCUGAGUGGGACCAAGCCGGUGCCCCCGAUCCCCAGGGGAGUCAGCCCCUUGCCAGACAGAGAGGAAGGCGGGCGCAAGAGCCGGGAGCCAGAGGACCUGUGGCUGAACGAGCGGAACAGGAAGCUGGCCAUCGACCUCUCGGAGCUGAACGUCAGCGAGAAGGAGCUGGACGAGGAAGAGAUGCAGAGCUCCCUGCGCUCCCUGCGCAACAGUGCUGCCAAGAAGAGGGCCAAGCUGAACGGCAGCGUCUCCGACCUGGAAAGCCCGGACUCGGUGCUGAAGCUGGACCUGGCCUCGGAGUCGCCGUCAUGCCUCUCCUCCCCGAGCACCAGCUCCUACAGCGAGAGCGGGAUCUACAGCCAGGAAUCGGCCUCCUCCCCGCUCUCUGCCGGACCCCCAGGGAUGAGGACCAUGUCUGACGUCUUCCCUCUGCUUGGAGGCAGCUCCCGGCCCACAAAACUUUCACCAACACGAAGCCGAGGUCCUAUCACAGCAGAGAAGAGUCCCAGCCCAGGGAUAUUCUUUCAUGAGAAUUCUCCCUCCGGCGUGAGCGUCAGCAGCAGCCAUCGCGUGACCUGUGGAAAUGGAUCAGGGGACUACGAAGAGGACAGGCCCAAAGCGCCAUCGCCUGCUGCUGUGAGAGGGCUGGGGAAAGAGCACCAGAGGCACAGUAAACCCAUGAAAGGAUUUGCUGGGCCAAUUCAGAGUUUACAGCAGCUGACUAGCCUAGAGUUUGUUUCACCGAGUGCCUUGCCAGAAGACUCUGUUGUCGUUGUUGGAAAAGGGGUGUUUGGCAGCCCACCGUCGGCUCCAUUGAGCUACAGCCCAUCCGUCCUGUUCUCCCUGGAGAACGGAGACGCCCCUUCUUCCUUCAAGCCAAACAUGGAGCCGCUUUCCGGGAUCUACGGGAGAGCUGUCCAGCAGCAGAGCUCUGCACCUUAUUUGGAUGUGGAUAACGAAAGAGACGUGAAAGUUGCCUUAUCGAAAUCUGCCCGGGAGAAGAUGAGACUGAAGAAGAGGGAAGAAAAAGAAUACCGAGAAGUUAGAGACUUGGAAAGAAAGGAACCGAGCCCAUGGGAACUCCUGAAGCCGAACGAACCGGAGAAGAUGGCUGCAGAGAGCAGAAACGCUGCUUUCAGUCCUCUGUUGAAGCGAACAUCAAGUAUUAAAAGGACACAGCCAUCGGUGUUGCUGGACUCGGGAGAAAUGCCUCCAGGGCCCCGGGUGCCGUUCAAGGACCGGACGCUGUGUGUCCUGCACAGUCCAGAGAUCAUGGAGCCCUCGGAGCUGCGCCCCUUCGCCAAGCCAGAGGCGGCCCUUUCGGAAGCCCUGCAAAACCUGGGCGAGGAGGACUGGGAGAAGAAGAUCGAGGGCCUGAACUCCAUCCGGUGCCUCUCCGCUUACCACCCGGAGACACUGGCCGCAAAGCUGCACGAGGCCAGUCUGGCGGUGGUUCAGGAGGUGAAGAACCUGCGUUCGGUGGUCUCCCGGGCUGCCGUGGUUUGCGUAGGGGACUUGUUCAACUACCUGAAGAAGAGCAUGGACCAAGAGCUGGAUAAUACGGUCAAAGUCCUGCUCCACAAGGCUGGGGAGUCCAACACCUUCAUCCGGGAGGACGUGGACCGGGCCCUGAAGGCCAUGGUGAACAACGCGACACCGUCCCGCGCCCUCUCCGCUCUUGUCAGCGGAGGCCAGAGCCACUUGAAUGCAAAUGUGAGGCGAUGCGCUGCGCAACACCUCUCGGACGUGGUGGAGCACAUGGGGCCGGGGCGCAUCCUCUCCGGCCUGAAGGACGUGACAGACAAGAUCUUCUCGGCCGUGACCAAGUUUGUCCAAGACGGAUCUCAGGAAACCAGGUACUACGGGCGGAAGAUGCUUUUCACCUUGAUGACACACGGCGACUUUGAUAAGAUGCUGGAGAAGUACGUGCCACCAAAGGACUUGCCUUACAUCAAGGAGACAGUCAGCAACCUCCGCCAGAAGGGCCUGGGCGAGAUGCCGAUUGUCACUCCGUCGGCCAAGGGGAGGCGUUCGCACAACGGGAACAUGGGCAGUUCGAGGUCCUCCUCGGGGUCACGAGAAGCGCUCCACGCGGGAGACAGGGAGAUCAGAGAAGUACGUGAGAUUUCAAGGAAACUGGCUCCCCGUAAUGCCUUGGAAAGUGCAGAAUACGUGAAGGUUUUGACAAGCUUACUGAAUGCAAAAGACUUCCGGGACCGAAUUAGUGGAAUUCAGCAACUGUUGGCAGACACAGAGAGUAACCAAGACCUUGUUGUUGCCAACAUUGUGAAGAUCUUUGAUGCCUUCAAGUCCCGCUUGCACGACUCGAACAGCAAGGUCAACCUGGUGGCCUUGGAGACGAUGCGGCGCCUGGUCCCGCUGCUGAAGGAGAGGCUGUCCCCCGUCGUCAACAUGCUGAUCCCGGCCCUGGUCGACAACAACCUCAACUCCAAGAACCCCGGGAUCUACGCGGCCGCCACCAGCGUCCUCCAAGCGCUCUGCCUCCACCUGGAUAACUACCUGCUUCUCCAGCCAUUCUGCACAAAGGCCCAGUUUCUGAAUGGGAAAGCCAAGCAGGACAUCACGGAAAAGCUUGCUGAGCUGGUGAUGGAGCUGUACCCGCGGAAGCCUCACGCGGUGGAGCAGAAGGUGCUGGUGGUGCUGUGGCACCUCCUGGGCAACCUCACCAACAGCGGCUCGCUGCCCGGCGCCGGCGGGAACAUCAGGGCGGCCACGGCCAAGCUCUCCAAGGCGCUCUUUGCACAGAUGGGGCCGGGCCUCUUGGCCCACGCCGCCUCCCAGCCGCCCCACAUCAAAAGGACCCUCGAGGAGUUCCUGGAGCAGCAGCCCACUUGACAGCCAACUGGGCCUUUUGACGAUCCUCGAACCCGGAUGAUCCUCGAGCGGCGUUUCCUGAGCUGCGCCUGCACUUUUGAUGCCGAAGCUAACCCGAAGCGAUGUCUUUCAAUGGCCGACCAUCAUGGACUUUUGCCUCUUGGGCUUGAUACCAAAACCAGUGUGGCUCUUUCACAAACCGUGUCUCCUUGGAUUAGGUCCUUCGCCCUGGGCGGCACGGUGCCCUGCGAUGACUAACUAACGAAGAGGACAUUUUGGAAAUAGGAACACUCUUAAUCAUGGAUCGUGUUGUUCAACAUGUCUUCUCACAUAGCCUUAAAAGGGGGGAAAGGGGUGUGUGUAAAAAUAAUAGUCCUCGAGAGACGCAUGGAAGAACAGGGCUCUGUGGCAUUUGUGGAAACGUAACUCAUUCUCGAAGCCAUUCCGCUCUCCUUCGCUUCUGCCGCCCUUGACGUUCUUUGUUCCAUCGCUUGACAGUCGGGCCUGAAAUCCGCACACCGUUGUCAACCUUUUUAACAGGUUCGUGGAGCAUGUCGACCAACAUUUCUAGAAAUGUGGAACCUCAUUUUAAAUCAAUUUCGAUCAAAACACAGAAGUGUCACGCGUUGAAUCUAAGCUUCCAUAUUUUAGUGUGAAAAACUCCUACUGGGUUCUUUCUGUCCGAGAUCUGUAUACAAGUGUUCCCUUCCUUGCCCUGCUGUGCGACCUUCAGCGAUAUAGUGCCAGUUCUUCUUCUGCUCUCAGAAUUCGACACCUUACAAGUACUGUAUUCAUUUUAAAGGAAAAAAAGUUAUAAAAUAAAUGGAUUUAUUUCUGUA